AUGUUGAAGCUCUUCCCGGCGACAAAAAACGCUGUGUUUAAGAUUAGAAGCAGACCUCAUGAUGGUGUCUUCUUAGCAUCCUUAAUCUUGUCAUCACCUUCUCCCCAAUACUCUUCUUCUUCUUCCUAUUAUGAUUAUCAGAAUGAUGUGGUGAGUAGAGACGCAUGUCAGAAUGAUCUGGUGAGUAGAGACGCAGCAACCAUUCUCAACUCCAACAAUCCUAACCAAGCCCUUCAAUUUUUCAAUUAUGCUUUAAAACACUACCCAAGAGCUUCUCCAACCAACAAUCUUCCUUUCCUGUAUUCAGCCAUCGUUCAUGUAUUAACAUGUGGCAGAAUGUACAAACCUGCCAGGUGCUUGAUCAAAGACCUCAUCCAAACCCUCCUCCUCCAUCCAUCCUGCAAAUUCGAAAACCAUGUUGUUUCUUUAGUCUUCGAUGCUCUUAAUGAUUUACAAAGCUCUGAAAAAUUCAGUCCUGAGGUGUUUGGGGGGCUCAUUAUUGCAUUUUGUGAGAUAGGACUCGUCGAUGAAGCCUUGUGGGUGUAUCAAAAGAUUGUUAAAGUAACGCCCCCUUCAGUGCAAGCUUGUACUGCGCUAUUAAAUGGGUUGGUUAAGAAGGGUAGGUUUGUUUCCAUGUGGGAGUUAUACAAAGGCAUGGUUUCGGGCAAGGUAUUGGUUCCUAGUGUUGUCACUUAUGCUGUAUUGGUUGGCGCUUGUUGUCGCCAAGGUGAUUUUUCAAAAGCUAGGAGUUUGAUUUUUGAUGAGAUGGUGAAGGAGAAGGGGAUUAGACCAAACGUUGUUAUCUACACUACUCUUAUCCGUGGUUUUUGCAGUGAGAGUAAAUUGUCAGAUGCAGAAGCUCUGUUUCAACAGAUGCGGGAAUCUGAGGUUUUGCCAGAUUUGUAUACUUAUAAUAUUCUGAUAGAUGGUUACUGCAAAAUGGAAAACGUCAAGCAAGCACUUCACUUGUAUCAGGGCAUGCUUGGUGGUGGUCUGUACCCAAAUGUUGUUACUUUUGGUAUCUUAAUAGAUGCACUUUGCAAAGCAAGAGAAUUAUUAGCAGCAAGGAGUUUGUUCGUACACAUGGCUAAGUAUGGUGUUUGUCCUGAUUUAAUUGCGUAUAAUUCUCUCAUUGAUGGCCACUCUAAUUCAGGGAAUCUAUCUGAAGCCAUGCAUUUGUUUUUGGAGAUGGAAAAGUUCAAAAUUUCACCUAAUGUUGUUACAUACAGUAUACUUAUGAAGGGUUUUUGUGGCGUGGGUAGAACAGAAGAAGCAGAUGUGUUACUGAAAAGAAUGAAUAGUGAAGGGGUUAUUGCAAACGAUGUAACAUACAAUUCCCUAAUCAAAGGAUACUGUAAGGAAGGAAAUAUGGAAAAGGCUCUGGAAGUGUGUUCUCGAAUGACUGAAAAGGGUGUAGAGCCAGAUGUUCUCACCUUUUCAACUUUGAUUGAUGGUUAUUGCAAAGAAGGGAAAAUGCAAUCUGCUACAAGUUUAUACUGCAAAAUGCUGAUCAAAAGUAUUGUGCCUAAUGAGGUGUUAUUCACAGCUUUGAUUGAUGGGCACUGUAAGAAUGGUAACGUGAAAGAGGCCCUUCGGCUGCAUAAGGAGAUGCUGGAGGCCGGGUUCAACCCCAACGUUUUCACAGUCACUUGUUUGAUUGAUGGCUUUUGCAAAGAUGGGAGGACUUCCGAUGCUACCAAAUUUUUUUUGGAGAACACUAGAAGUGGGCUCAACGAAAAGCAAAUUAAUAAAAUGAAUGGCAGUUUUUGUACUCCCAACUGUGUGAUGUACACAUGUUUAAUUCAAGGCUUGUGCAGGGUUGGGCAAAUUUUUGAAGCUACCAAGUUUUUUCUGGAUAUGAGAUGUGGUGGUAUACAACCAGAUGCUUGGACUUACACUGUCAUAUUAGAGGGGCAUCUGACAGUGAAGCAUCUGAUCGGUGUGAUGAUGUUGCAUGCUGAUGUGAUAAAGAUGGGUAUCAUGCCAAAUGAGAAGAUAUGCCUUCUCAUAACAAGGUGUUAUCAAGAAAUGGAUACCUGA